GUUUCUAUGAUUGAAAACAUCAAUGAACACGUCAAAGGCACACGGGUCUGAGUAAUGUGAUUAAAAUACAUCUGGACUGCUUGUAAAGAGAAAAAGACUUUUCAAAAUGCAACCAAACGCCCAGCAGCCACCACCACCACCACCACAAAAUGAUCAGACCACAUGGUGGUUCAGAAUACUCGUUAAAUCAACAGGCACAAUAGGGGGCCUAAUUGCCAUGAUUACUGGGAUAGUUACCUGUAUAUCAUUAUCUGCAACCUGCAUUGUAGCUGGGGUUUUACAGAUGUUAGUUGGAUUCAUAGUAGUUUUAUUUGAAGCACCAUGUUGCUGCCAAUUUAUAGAAUUUGCAGAUAAAGUUGGAAAAUUUUCUGACAACAGAUCACCAUGGCAAAAGGCAGCCCUUUAUUGUGGGUUGUCGCUGGCCCCAGUGUUGAUGUGUUUUGGGAUGUCCACAGUGUUUGGGAGUGCUCUGGUGUUUGUCUGUGGUGUUUUGUAUGGCAUGAUAUUCCUUGGCAGAAAAGCUGAUCGGGAUACGAUGAAGUUAAAGGCACGAGGUGAUGAUGUGGAGAUGCAAGCGACGCUGAUGGAUAAUGAAGACAAAGUAGAUCUACAUGUACCUGACACUCAACCAAAAUGAUAGGAGUCUCUAAAACUCUAUAAAUAGAAAGAAAUGACAACCACAUGUUACCUGUUAAUGCUGAUCAGGGACAGAGGACAUUAUCAGAUGACAGGGUUUUAGUGUAGGAGGCUGAAGGCACUUCAGUUGAAUACAUAGCUAGGAUUAAUUAUCACUUAUCACAUGUAGAUAUCUCACAACACAAUAGUGUCAGUAUACUUCACCUCACUAGGACAGUCCUCGGUGUGUGAUUGUGUAGGAUUUAUGAUUGGUCUUAGAAUGCCCUACUGUAACCGAAUAGAUAGACAUUGUAUAAGAGUUGCAAUUAUGUUUGCCUUGUCUCGAUAGAAUGAGGCUGUGAAGAGGGGUUUAAUGUUUCACUUCAUACCAUAAAUAACCAGUCAGCAGGUACCAGUUUAUAUUGAAGCAAAAACCAUAAGAAUUCUGUGUGACAAUAUUGGUUUUUUUUUAUUUUCAUUUUUUGCUGAACUGAACUUCAAAUAAAAGUGAUAUAGUUCAUGUAUUAAAGUAAAUCACAGUAAUGAAUAUAAAAUAUCGGUAUGUGAUUAUGUUUAAAGAUAUCAGGAAAUCUCUGUCAGUGUCUGGAUCCCAGGUAGGUUUGUUUGUCACAAUUAUAACUACAUUUAAGGAUAUCAUGAAAUCUCUGUCAGUGUCUGGAUCCCAGGGAGGUUUGUUUGUCACAAUGACAACUACAUUUAAGGAUAUCAGGAAAUCUCUGUCAGUGUCUGAUCUCUGUCAGUGUCUGAUCUCUGUCAGUGUCUGGAUCACAUGUAGGUGGAGUCAGGUUUAGACAGAUUGGUCCUCGUGGAGGUUGGUGAUCCUUGUGGAGUCAGAUUUAGACAGAUUGGUCCUCGUGGAGGUUGGUGAUCCUUGUGGAGUCAGAUUUAGACAGAUUGGUCCUCAUGGAGGUUGGUGAUCCUUGUGGAGUCAGGUUCAGACAGAUUUGUCCCAAUGAUGUCUUGUUUUAGACAAAUUGGUGUCUAUUUCGUCUUUUAAGACAGAUUGGUGCCUAUGUCAGCCCUUUCGAGUGUGGUUUAGAUAGUUAGCAUCUAUGGAGUUUGGUUUAGGCAGGUUGGUCGCUAUGCGGUGUAGUACAGACAGAUUGAAACAUUUGAAAGCUAGGUAGGCCCUUUGGAAGCUGAUUUAGACAAGUUGUCCCUUUGGCUGCAAAAGACUGUUGUAAUUGUACAAUGAUUGGUUAUGUAAUUUCUUGUCAAAUGGUAUGGUGCAUGAAGGAAAUGUGUUGUGGUUGUAUAUAUCAUGUCAGAUUGAUUGCUUUUGUUACAUUAUACUGGUGGUAAAUGUACAUGUAUGCUGGUCAUUUUCUGCAGUCACCUUGAUACAUGUAUACCUAUAUAGGGUAGAUUAAAAAUCAGUGUCAAUAUCACCUGUUUAAAAGGUCUACCUUCCCUAGGUUUUGUCACAGGUAAAAUUUAAAGCUUAAGAUUUUUUUUACAUUUUUUACAUGUUUAUCACAUCAGCUUCUAGCAGUAAUACUUUCCAUGUUCAAAAUUUUGCAGUUUCUAUUUAGGGAUUGUCAGAUUGUUAAGAUUGUUGGCCAUAUUUUUGACUACCAGGUAGUGGAAGGCUUAUUUAUUUAAAAUUUUAUUACUAAUUAUAUAAAAUUAUUUGUAAUCAUUACUGCAAACAUACAGAGAAGAUUAUAAAAAUGAUAUGUAUCCUGAAUAUUUUCAGGUAAUAAAGAUACUUCUACUCUUAUAACACAUGAAGUGUCAAUGGAAAGGUCAAUACUUUUUAUGACAUAAAGGUUCACCUGCUGUAAUAGAGAGUUAGUAGAAGGUCAUGGUGGCUGUGUUUGUUUAUAUCAUAUUGAUAUUUUCUUGUUUUUAUUUUUUGUUAUCUGUGAUAUCACAGCUGGACCAGUAUUUUGCUUUUGUUGUAUCUGUUUGUAUAAGAUCUGAAUCUCCAUUUUCCCUUGUUAAACUGAAGUUUUGAAAAAUAAUCUAUAUUUCCUAUACGAAAAUGUUGUUUUUACCAAAUUGAUUUUCAUUUUUCGGCAGAGCCAUUUAAGAUGAAUUGAGAUUCGCUUGGGAAACCUCUUAUGUUAUCUUACGCACUAGGUGGGGCCACAGGUAGAGAUGCCUUAUUCUGUUGGCCAGUGGAUUUCAAUUUGGUAAAGCUUAAAAAUCGUUUAGGAAUUAAUUGUGUCUUUUGACUUGUACAGGAUUGGUAAACAACACAGUUUCUGCAAAAUGAAAGCUUAGUUUUAGAUACGAGCUAAAUCAUACUGAUUGUGUAAUUUUGUACCUACAUCUCUUAACAUGGCGCCAGGCUACUGGGCUACAUGGCGCCGGGCUACAUGGCGCCGGGCUACAUGGUGCCGGGCUACAUGCCUCGUAUGUUUAUUCCUCUAUAAAAUAUGAAAAUAUCACGUCACAAUGUCUUAUGCUUUCCAUCUCUUAUAAUAUGAUCUCUAGGUGACACAUGAAACACACUGAAUCCACAUAUUUAUACAAUAUUAUGCUUGAUGUUUGAGUAGACGUGACAUAUACGUAUAUGCUAUAGAAACCUGUAAUACACACAUUUGAAAGUUAUCCCAUUGUAUGAUCAGUAUGGUUUUCACUACAUAUAUUUUUUAAAUUCUUUUUGGUACUGUUAUAAAUUUCUUUCAAAUUCCAUUCGUCUCAUCAUGUGAUAGGUAUACAAGUACAGUUAUUUCAGACAUACAACCACAUACAUCAGAACUCUUGUUAUUUCAGACAUACAACCACAUACAUCAGAACUCUGUCGUUAUCGUUUUUGAAGAUGUUUUUUUGUUGGGAAUAUGAACUUUUUCAUCAUAGAAAUCUAAAGGCACUACUUGAAUGAAGACAGAAUACGGAUAUAUUAACUAUAUAUAUAAAAUAAUUCAUAAAACUAAUAUCCAGAAGGCCAUUUUGGUUCAAUUCUUUGGAAUUUAAUUUUUGUUGUUGUUAUGUGACAUGACAUGAUAUGUUUUUUUUAUUUUUAUUAUAUUAUGCGUUAAGCUCAAUAAACCAGGUGCAUGCGUUGUUUUCUCCUUUUAUUCUUAUCAUAUCAUAAUCCAUUUGUCAAAAGCACAGAUGCAUACAAACUUGUUAAAUGAUUGUGUACAGAUGUACUAUUAUUAUCAUGGUAAAGAAAAUUAAAAUGGUAAUAUGUGCUAUGUUAGACCCCAAUUGGUAUUUAAGAGAGAAAGGUUGUUAUUUAUGUGAGUUUAGAAGAUAUAUAGUUGUAAUUUAUUGUCACAGUUAAUGUUAAUAUGUAAGUGGGUACUAACACAAUGUGUAAGAUGUGUUUGUAAAUAUUUGAAUAUUUUAGUAUGAAGUAGACAUGUUCUAGUCUUGUUAAGGAUGUAUAGGGCCAGUUUGAUAGUCAACCAUUUACCAUAGUCGGGCUGUUACAUUUAGUGUGCUUACACAUGCUGAUAAGCAACAACCAAUCACUGCCUUGCUUUCAAAAAAUCAUGCACACAGACGACCACUAGUUGCUCUGGUCCGACCAAAGGAAAGCGGUAGAUUGUACUAUGGUGGCCAGGCAUGCGCACCGUAACUUCUGGUUUCUUUACACAAGCGUGAUACACAUUACUAUCGUACUCUAGUUAGAGACAAAUGACGGGAGUUCUGUGUGUUUUGGUAUAAACACUUCGUCUGCAAUUUAACAUGUCUUGCCUUUAUAACACCAGAAUUUAUGUAUCAAUAUUUCCUGUUUUGGAUAUUAGUACAAAAUAAUGUAUUACAUUGAAUGUGUUUUUCAUUGGAAAUGUCUGUUUUUGUAUCCUUUAUAAAAUGCUUAGAUCACAAUUACACACUCCACCAUAUUUUUCAGGUGACCUUGGGUAUUUGUUGUACACUGAAAGUCAGUGUGUUAGAUUGUUAUCGGGGUAGUUUUGAAGAUGUGACAGGGAACUAAUACAGAUGCCUGUAUCAUUGAUGUGAAUUAAUUAUUCUUAUUUAAGUGGUAUGUCCUAGCUGUUGAUGAUGUUGUACGUAUCUGUUGUUACCCUGUGAAUGUGUUUAGGGGGGAUGGUAGAGUGAUAGCAAAUUUCACUGUAGAUAUUUUAUCCAUACAAAAUCCAUAACCAGUAUGUUGUUUGAGUUGUCUGUACAACUGUUGUAUUGAAGAUCUAUGUAAGCUCAAUGUCACGUUCAGGUAAAACACUUAUAUACCGAGGUAUACAAUUUACAUAUUAUAAAUGUAGGGUGUCCUGAAGAUUAAAUGAACAGGUGCUUGAAUCUGUUGGCCCCAUCAUCCCUUGAAAGCAACUACUGUAAAAUGUACUACCAGUAGUGCUGUUACUGUAGGACCAACGAAUAUGUCCUCUGUAAUCGAUUCAAGUACCUGUGUGUGACGAACAUGUACUCUCUAAUCGAUACAAGUACCUGUGUGUGACGAACAUGUACUCUCUAAUCGAUACAAGUACCUAUGUGUGACGAACAUGUCCUCUCUAAUCAAUACAAGUACCUAUGUGUGACGAACAUGUCCUCUCUAAUCGAUUCAAGUACCUAUGUGUGACGAACAUGUCCUCUCUAAUCGAUACAAGUACCUGUGUGUGAAUGAGGCAAGAACAUAAUACAUUUUUACGGAUGGAUGUUCUGUAUCCUAAUCUGGAAAAAACUAAAAAAAACUAGGAAAUUUUGUAGACUUUGUACAACACUUCUCCAUGUCAAAAUGUGACACGGAUCACUUGUACUGGUGUGAAACAAAGAAGGAGGCAAUAGAAUGCAGACAUCUACUUAUUCAUGAACUACCAUUGUCUCCACAGUACUUCUGGUCUUAUAAUUCUAAUAAAUUCAUUUCUCACGAGACUACUGAAAAAUUGGAAUUUUCUUCCGGUUUAAUUUUCAUGCCAUGUCAUAUUCACCCCAUACAAGAGGACCAAUUCUUGAUACAUUGUAUUUGUGAUUGAUAUACUGUGAAAGUAGAAAUUUUCACGGUGUGGAAAUGCUCCUUUUAAAAAUAGGAUGGUGAAGUCAACACUUGACAGGAAAAAUUGUUAAAAAGGCCAGUGGAAGAUAAUUUUGAGGGGCAAACAUAUUUGGGUUAGCAGUAAUGUUCAGGCUUCUGAUCACAACAUUCAUUCAUAACCAGUUAUAUUUUUAUAGCUUAUGUACUGGCCACUAAAAUGCAGGUACACUUUUAUUAUAUGCUAUUAUUGGCAUGUGUGUUGUAAUAUAUUAUUUGGCUAAGACUGGCAGAUGCUGGCAUUACUGAUGUAACAUUCUGAAGUUUUAACUGUUGUAGAUGACUACAGAAGCCAUGCCUUUGUUAUGUGUCAUAAUGCUUUGUUGUUGGGAGUUAUCCUUAAUGUGUUAUAUAGUUAUAUCUGUGACCAAGUGCAAUAAAGGGAGAUAAAUUAG